AUGGGCGAGCUUCUAGAUUAUCUCAUUCAAAAUGAAAGCGACUUUCGCAAAGCUCGACUGCCCGCCCUCUACUCGGAUUUCACACCCCAACGAACACUAAAUCCCGAUGGCUACGCCGCCAACGUUGCGGCGUGGAAGCGGGGGCUGUCGUCUGCGUUGCUAUCAGGCCGUACGCCCUCGCGGUCGGCACAGCGCUCCCAUUUCACACUUGAGCUGGACGACUCACUGCUCCGAGCCCUAGAAACUAAACAGCUAGGGCAGCCGCUCGCCCUUGGCGCCGUUCUUGCAGAGGCCGUGGCCAACGGGGAGAUGCUCCCACGCAAGCAAUUUAUGAACAGUCGGGAAAGCAUCUACUACAAGAGCUGGGGUUCCCUUGGCUGGAACGUGGCCAAAUGGGGUCUGCGACAAGUAGGACUCGUUGGCGCGCCCGGCGCGGAUGGCAAGAUGCCCAAGGGUCAGUUCGUGGUGGUAUCAAAUCUGGAGAACGGAGCCAAGUCCUUUGACAAGGCGGCGUGCAAUCGGUCGACUAGGUUUGAACGGACGUUUUCGAGGACACACUUCAAGAAGACCUUUGAGAGCGGGCUGCUAGAUGGUCAGACAUUGUCAGAGGCCGACUUUGAGGUCUUGAUCAAGUUCCUCGUAAGGGACAAGGAAAUUUUGGCAGCGGAUGGCGACAUUAUCAAGAUUCGUUCCUCGGAAACAGAGGAUGCCACAAUCACAGAAGAGGACCGCGCCAUUGCAAAUCUCAAGGAGCUCAUUGAGGAUCUGACGAAACAGGCCGAAAUCCUGAAUAAGAGAAUUGAGGACCUCAAUAUUACUGCACACGAAGCCGUCAAAAAGAAGAACACAGUCUCGGCCCGGGCGGCUCUGAAGUCGCGGAAACUUGCCGAAACGAACCUGACAAGAAGAUACGCAACACUGAACCAGCUCGAGGAGGUGUCUUCCAAGAUCCAGGAAGCUUCCGACAAUGUACAACUGGUCAAGGUCAUGCAAACGAGCACCUCGGCGCUCAAGAGUCUCAACAAGCAAGUGGGUGGAGCCGACAAGGUUGAUUCGGUAUUCGACGCGCUACGCGAGCAAAUGGGCGAAGUAGACGAGGUUGGCAAUAUCAUUGCUGAAGCUGGCCCUGUUGCCACUGUGGACGAAGCAGAAGUGGACGAAGAGUUCGAGGCUAUGCUGGCGGAAGAACGCAAAAAGGAGGAAGAGGCCGAGAAGAAGAGGAAGAAGGCCGAGGAGGACAAGCAAGCGGAAGAGACACGGAAACUAUUGGCCCAGCUCGACAAGUUGGGCCCUGUUGGUGAACCAGCAGAGGCGGUCAAGAUUGCUGAGAAAGAUGCUGCUACUCCGGUGACGAUGACAGCUUCGGAAUUGGAGGACAUGUCUAUUGAUGAGCAGCCUUCAAAGGUCCAUGCGGAAUGA